GUCGUCGCCUCCUUUCAGCUGUCGUUGUAUUCCCUUGUAUUUCUGCUGCCGCUCCAUUUUCCUGUCCGGCAUCCUCGGAUAUUCCUCGCUGUGACGCGUGACGUCUGGGCGGACGCGGGAGCUAAGAGGGGAGCGUGACAGGAACGUGACGAAUUAGAUACAAAUUAGAUAGAUUAUUGGAGGCUGACCCAAGGCAGGCCGCUCGCAGUCCGACCAGAACAUUCCCGCUCUGCCCAACAACUUUGUCCUCUUUCCCUUCGACGCUCUCCUCCCUCUCCUCCUCGACGUUCUACACGACCCCCACGCACCCUGCUCCUCGUUGCUCGCCUUUCUCCCCGUCUUGCUGCGAUAUCUUGUCACCGUUCUCCCUUUCCAUCUCCUCCCGUUCUCUGACGUCUGCCAUCGACUGGCUUCCAUUAAUACUUGCAUUACUGGUUGCCACGUCCAUCUCUGCCUUGCUCUCCCACAUUCUACUACUGUCCUAGUCUCUUUCAGCCAUGGGCAACUGCGUCUCUGCCCAGGACAGAGAAGCACAGCAACGCUCCCAGGAGAUCGACAAACAAAUAGAGGAGGAUUCUAGGAAGUUUAAGAAGGAAUGCAAAAUCUUGUUACUAGGCUCUGGCGAAUCCGGAAAGUCGACGAUCGUCAAACAAAUGAAGAUAAUCCAUCAAAGCGGCUUCACGAGAGACGAACUUAUGACCUACCGCACCACCAUCUAUCGCAACCUUCUUGAAUCAGCAAAGAAUAUCCUCCUCGCUAUGCGCAAGAUCGGUGUCGAUUGCGGGAACCCGUCUAACCGGGCAAACGCAGAUCGGAUAUUGGAUUACGAGGUCGUAGCAGGUCCAACAUAUUAUUUCCCGGAGGACAUGGCUCAGGCCAUCCACCAACUAUGGCAGGAUCCCAUUAUCCCAACGAUUAUGGACCACAGCAGUGAAUUCUACCUUAUGGAUAGCGCAAGCUACUUCUUCACGGAAGCGUUACGAAUAGGGACGCCAGAUUAUGUACCCACCGAGACCGACGUCCUACGCGCACGACAAAAGAGCACCGGCAUUACUGAGACGAGGUUCACUCUCGGUCCGCUAUCAAUACACAUGUUCGACGUCGGGGGACAACGAUCGGAACGAAAGAAGUGGAUUCAUUGUUUCGAAAGCGUGACAAGUAUCAUCUUCUGUACGGCGUUGAGCGAAUACGACCAGGUUCUACUGGAGGAGCGGAAUCAGAAUCGUAUGGCCGAGUCGCUCGUACUCUUCGACUCCGUUAUCAACUCAAGAUGGUUCCUACGGACGUCAAUCAUUCUGUUCCUGAACAAGAUCGACGUCUUCAAGAACAAGCUUCCAAAAGUACCACUCGAGAGGUACUUCCCCGAGUACACGGGAGGUGCGGAUAUCAACAAGGCGGCGAAGUACAUUCUUUGGAGAUUUAUGCAAGCGAAUCGAGCGCGGUUGAGCGUGUAUCCUCAACACUACCAAUAUCCGACUUGUUUUUGCGGCCGUGAAGGAGACGAUACUGCAGAACGCCCUCAAGGAUUCCGGUAUUCUAUAGUAUCGUCUAGUUUGUUUUUGCCUUCGUACGUUAGGGUUCCGUGUUUCUUCUUUUAUUUGUGUCGAUUUUUCUUUUUGGUCUAUAUCUGUAUGCUGCAUCAUUUCCCUCACCCAUCUCAUUCACUCUUGCAUCAGUAACAUACACCUCAUCACCAUCACCCAACUAUUCACCCACCUUCCUUCCUGUCCGUCCUACCUCGCCACGCUUGAUACCAUCCUCCAUCAAGAUUCCCCUCGCUCCCUCCCUCAUAUCCUCUGGCCUCCGCCGUCCACCACCACCUGUACUCUGGCUUACUGGCGCAUCCGUCGCGACUAAAAGGGGAUGUUUACAAAUUGGCAGCUGUCAAGCUCUUUUCCUCUCAGCGGCGAUGUCGAUGUCAUCAUCAAACGCUACGGACGCGCCCUCGCUCGAGGCCGACGCUGUUUUCUCCUUUCUCCCACAACAGCGCUCCGACACAACACCAACACCAACACCACCAGUUUUCUCAGUCCGCCGCCGCACUGUAGAUCGGAUCCCCCUAUCUGCGACAUCCUAUUCUUUUUCCGCUCAUGUAUUUUCCUCGACAUCUGUCUUUCUAUCUCCAUGGAUACUUUCUCCGGUAUCAUACACAUAUCUUUUUUUUGUGCGUCUGUUUCACUGUUUAUUUCGUAUUCCUGGCUGCCUCCCGCUCUCAGGGUGGCCUAGCUGGGACCCUUGAAUCCGUAGCUAGUCCUCUUCCUCUUCUGCUACUUCCUACCUACCUACCUACCUCUCCUUGCUUCCAGUGCCUGGUGCCGGCGGAUCACGUUCGUUCGCCGGUCGAGAUUCGAAUAUCGUGUAUUCCGUUUUACGGCGUUGCCUUGCAACUCGAGCUGUUCUUCUCUUUUUUUUGUGGGCUGCUGCUGAAUUCACCACUACCUCCGUAAUGUCUCUUUUUAUUAUUCUACUUCUGGACAUGACAAGGGAUUUGUAACAUUACCAUAGAUAGCUUCUCUCUUAGUUGAUACGUGGAAUCGUAGCUUUGAAAACGCUUC